GGAGGCGGGGCUCCGGGGAGGUGCCGCUCAGAAACAGCCGGAGCAGCCGCAGCUGCAGGCGGGCAGGCGUGGAGAGCGGUGGCAGCAGCAACAACGGCGGCGACGGCGUCUCGGGCUCCCGCUCCCGAUCCGAUCCGAUCCUCGGUUUCACCUGCUGGGAGCCUUUCCUUGGAAGCUGGGGCUGCCACCGGAGCCUCUUCCAGCCUCCUCCAUCCCGGCAGCGGCAGAGAAAUCCCCGGGAAAGGCAGAAGAGACGGCUCUCCCCAGCACGCGGGCUGUCCCGGGGCGGCUCUCCUCACAGCUUUACCCCCUCAGCCUGGAUUGGUGACUGCAGCUCGUAGGAAGUCAGGCUUCCAGGUCUCCUGGAAUGGGCAAUCUUCUCAAGGUCCUGACCAGGGAGAUUGAAAACUACCCCCAUUUUUUCCUGGAUUUUGAAAGUAAGUUCAGGGGCUGCCUCGAUGGUGAGAGCCUUCCCUGCCUCCCCGGGCUGUGCGGGCGGUCCAGGAGGGAGCCUGGUCAGUGCGGAGGAAGGACGAGCUCGGACAAAGCGCCCCUUAAAGACAGCGCAGGGGGGUCAACGGAGGGAGGACAGGACGAGGGAGGCGGGCUCCGGGAGAGAAAGGGCUCACGGAGUGGAGGAGGAAGCCAAAGCAGCAAUCUUUAGACCCUAAAACCAAGCAGAGGCUUUGGCGCCGCGAUGUCAGGGCUUCUUUGGGCAUCUGCUGCGGGUCUGUGUUCUGUGGAAGCCAGCCGUGGGCUGGGAACACCGUCCCGAGGAACAGAAUUCGAAUGCCGAGCCUGAGGACAAAGAGAGGGAUGGGAGGUUCCUGCUCGACUUCUCUUUGAGCCCCUAACGGGAUGGCUCAAGGGAGAUUUAGGGGAAUGUGGACAGGCUUUGUGCACGCCUGAAAGGGCCCUUCUUAUCCCCAGUGGCUCCUCCACUCCGGGUUUCGGGUCUAUCCCUUUGCUCCAAAAUGGUUCUCCCUAUUGUAUGGAGGCCACUGAAUUGUUUCCUAACGGAAAGCCCACGCAAGGUUCUUGGGGACUGAAAUAUGGAGUGGGCCACUAUUGGAAUCGUGCUUGAUUUCUCUCCUAAUUUGUAGGCCUCUUAUGGGAUAUUUUCCUCUCCAAUUAAACGGAUUUCCCCCGUCUGUGCUCAUUUUAUUCCCUUUUAUGGUCAAAGUAGUGUAAACUCUACACACCACAAAGGGCGUCUUUGUGUUAGGAACCCUCGUGUGUCUCUCCCUUCCGUGACUCCCCCCUCUGCCAACAUCUGACUAGCCCAUGGGCUCUCGGCACAUUUUCUUUCAUUUGGACCACCCUCGGGUCCACUUGGGUUUUGAAACCCGGAUGAUGGAAGGUUCUCAAGACAAAGCACAAGACCAUCCUCGGUGGGUUCCCUUCUCCUCCUCCGUGACGCUGAGCUUCUCUGAUGAUCCCCAAUGCACGGCCAGGCAACCCUUUUGGAUGGGCUCUUCUAGGUAGACACGCCAAAAUGGAACCAAGUCUGGCACAUUUGCCGAGCUCUUGGGAUGGUGCCUCUCCAUCGGAGAUGCUAGGAAGCCCGCUUGGGAAAAGCACGACGACACGUAAGGGAAGUGGUGUGGAGAGACACACGUAUGAUACUGGACACUCCACAACUCCUCCUGGUCGGCCAGCCCUGCCAGCCUCUGCUGUGCUCGUCGGGAUUUCAACGACCGCACUCGUGGUGGCUGGUGGGAGGAAUGGCGUCUCCCAGACUUUGGAGCCUCAAAGGGCCAGGAGAACUUGCCACAGACCCUGGGAGUCAGAGACCGCCCAGCUGGACAGGGACGCCCCAAGGAGUAAGGAGUGAUCUCGUAGAGGCAUCUGGUGGACCCGUCCCAACAGGCGCCGAUGUGAGGAUUGCUCACUGGCUUUGGGCACGAGCUUGGUGAGACCAAUGCUUGCGCCUCCUUCUCGGAGACUGAACUGGCUCGUGAGGUGGUAGAGCCUCGAUGGAGUGAGGAAGAGCGUCCAGAAAGUCAAGAUUCCACGUCGAUGCUCGUCGUCGGGCCAGCUGGCGGGGCUUGGUCCAGGGAGUUAACAGGAAAAGCCCUUUGCACCUGCCUCGUCCUUACUGGUCUUCUGCCUUGCAAAGAAUACUUAGACCGGAUUCCAAAAGGAAAGGCCAGCGUCCAAAGAAGAAUGGACUCGCCCAAGAUCUCACAACGAAAGCGCUGGGGCCUGGACUCGGGACUUUUGACCCUGAAUACUGAGCUCUUCCCACCACACUAGGUGGCUCCUGUUUUGAUGAAAAAAUAAAGAUACAAACAAAGUCCAUCCGUUGGUACAUCACCGUAACACGCUUAACGAAGAAGUGGCUGCAUGCGAUCUCUACGUCUGAUGUCUCGAUAGAGGAGGAUUCGGCUUCUAAAGAACUUUAGAGACCAUCAGAUCGAGCCCCUCGAUUUCAAGAGGAGAAGAGCCCGCGCUCUUCUGGGAAAGACAGACAGACAGACAAGCUGGAAAGGUUCCUGGAAGGCUGCCCCUCGGACCCCGCCUCGCUGGCCCAGAUGCGUAAGGGCGGGGGGGGGGGCACCUUGGCCUUCUCUCGUCAGAGCCAGUCGGCUCUGGGCGUCCACUGCCCCAACUGUGGUGGAGCUCAGCUGAGGGGGGCCCCCGCGAGGGGGCCUUCCAACGCUCCGUCCGUCUGUCCAGAGGCCCCCCUUCCUCGGCCCCCCUCCCUGAGCCGCACCCGCUUUACCUCUCCCAGCGUUCCGAAUAGAUCCUGAUUUAUGUCCCGCUUCAUCCCGGAGAAGGAGAGCCGAACGAGGCAGCCGUGAUGGAUGGGGGCCAGAAGGCUGGGCUGGGCGUCUCUCGUAGAUCCUGGUGCCGAAGGAGACGGUCAGGACGGAGGGGGCUGCAUACCUCGGGGGGGGACCCCCAGCGCAGAGCCGGUUCAGCAGCUUCUCUGCUCUGGGGGAGCCCCCCCCCAGGCCGGCCUCUGAUCCCCCCGACAAAGGCAUUCCUGCCCGGCCCAGCCCGGGGCUACCUUUCCGGGGCUCUGCGGACGGCAUGCUUGUCAUUCCGCCUGGGAUGACAGGGGCCAGCUGGGACAGGAACCUGGAUGCUUAUCACCCUUGACAGUCGCCGUCCCUCGGGCGAAACUCCCCCAAAUCCUUUUGAUGUGAACCUCCAUCGAUCUGCUCCUUCCCUGACACAUCCCGCCUGUGUCGGAUCCAGACACGGCGCUUUGAAUGCAGCCCCAGAUGGGUGGGAGGAAGGUCGGGGCGGAGAGCGGGCCGUCCAGAGGGCCGCCGGACCAAGGGUCGCCUUCUGAGAUGGCGCCUGUGCGCCAGCGAGACGGACGGGCUUCCUGGCUUGGAGAAGGGCACGGAAAUCCCCGGAAUCGUAGCCAGCCGUCAUCAGAGGAAAUCCGGAGAGGAGCCACUGCCAGAAGUGCGGGAGCACGGAGCAAGUGUCAGAGGGGUCCCCCCAGCGCCCGGGUUCAAAUGCUGAUGCCGGCUGCCACCGGACGUGUCUCGUCAUCUCCGCUCGCGCCGGCUCUAGCAUGCCGAGGAUUCUCUAGCAGCGGUCUACACGGGCGCGAGCCGGGCGAGCUUGGCUAUCCCACCUGCGGUCUACACGGGCUCGGGCCGGGCGAGCUUGGCUAUCCCACCAGCGGUCUACACGGGCUCGGGCCGGGCGAGCUUGGCUAUCCCACCAGCGGUCUACACGGGCGCGAGCCGGGCGAGCUUGGCUAUCUCACCAGCGGUCUACACAGGCUCGAGCCGGGGCGAGCCGGGCGAGCUUGGCUAUCCCACCAGCGGUCUACACGGGCGCGAGCCGGGGCGAGCCGGGCGAGCUUGGCUAUCCCACCAGGGCGCAAAAAUGGCGACCUCUGGGCACCAUUCCUGGUUCUCCAAAGGGUCCAGUCCCUCCUCCCACUGAGAGCUGGGCCAACGUUGGGAGAUGCCAUCAGGUCCCCACCCCCAGCCCUCUUGUCCAAGCUAACUCCUCCUGGUUCUUUGCAUCAAUCAUCAGAGCAGUGCGUUCGAGGCCCUUCAAAGGGCCGGUUCACCUCCGCUGGUGGUUUCCAGUUCAUCAACACCCUGCCUAAGCAGGGUUUCUCUCCCCUCCCUGAUCCCGGAAGCCAGCCCCCCCCCCCCCCCCCCGUAACGCAACUCCAAACUGUUCGCUUUUUUCACUGCCCCGUCAGUCCUCCGUCCACUGAAAUGCCCCGAAACCGUGUUCAGAAGGGUGGCUGUCUAGGAGAUGCCCCCCGUCUCGUCGUGCUGAAGAGGCUUCUGUACACGACGGGUGAACUCGGCCCCGAUUCUCUAGCCUGUCUAGAUCCUCCCCUUGUCCUCCCGUGGGCUGAUUCCUCAGAAGAGCGUCCCUCCUUUUCAACACUCACUUAGAAAAAUAGCACAGACCAAACAGACGCCUGGGUUCAACCUCCUCCCACAUGGACUCUAACCAAUGACAACCCCUCUGAGUCCUCUAACGAGCUUCGAACCUAUUUGGUAGCAUUAUUAUUGAAUCCUUAUCUGUCUGUACACAAGAAAUGUAGGAGAACUAUCAUAGAAUCCACUGCAUUGUAGGUAAGCUGUACCCACUGCGUCCUUUCAGCUCCUGUAUUAGUAGCCCCAUCAAAAAAGGAAAUGAGAUUAGUUUGGCAAGAUCCACGUCUCCCCUCUCAGAACGUUGGCCAACCAGCUCUUCAAUGGCCCUUUCUAGAAUGUGCCCCCAAAUUGAAGUCAAACCCAUCGAUCCGAGAUCUGUAGACGUCGUUCUCAGUUGUUUUUGUUAGCUUUUUUGAAAACAAGAGCGUUGCCCUUUUUCAGUCGUGUGGCAUCACUUCCAUUUUUCACAUUCUUCCAUGCAUCCCUGACGAUGGCUCUGUAAUCAAGUCCUCCAUUUCUCUUGUCCACUUCCAGGUAGCUCAUAAACUCACUGAGGAUCUGGGGACGGAAUCUGCCCUCUUUCGUUGUAGCCCUAGUUCUGAGUCCCUUGUCUUGAUUCUCAUACCUACUUGUGACUGAAUGCGGCUGAAGAAAAUCACAAAACCAUGGCAAUUGAGCCCACUACAAAUAUAUGGUAUAUAAUCCCAUCUGGGCUCUCACUAUUGCUAGGUGAUAUUUCACAUCUCCCUAACUGAUUUACAAUUCUACUCACAGCACUGGCUCAUCCAACCCUUUUCAUGUCUCUUCAAACCUCCUAGAGUCUACCCUCCUCCUCCUCCUGUUACCCUCUCGGUUAAGAACUUUGCCCCAUAUUUCACUGCACAAAUUGAAAUCAUUCCCCCAAAGCUUGAUCUCCUCUUCUUCUCAUCUCACUUUAUAUAGAUGCCUUUUGACACCAGUUCUUCCUUCUCCCCUGUCUCACAUGAAGAGGUGACUCUUUUCCUUACCAAGACUUGCAUCCGUAAUAUCACAAAAUCCUCUUUUCUCACAUAUUUCCCCCUCUAUCAUAAUAACCUCUCACUUACCUUCAAUCUCUCUCCAUUUACUUUCCUACUUACAAAAAACAUGCCCAUUUCUACUCCAACCUCAAAAAAUUCACUCGAUCCUUCCAUUUCUGGUAGCUGUUAUUUCAGGUCUCUCUUCCCUUUUGUGGUUAAAUUCCUGGAGGAGACCAUCUACAACAGUUACUCCCACUUCCUUGCCUCUCGCCAUCUUUACUCUCUCCAGUCUGCCUUUUGACUUCAUCGUUCAUCUGAAACUACAUCUCCAGGAAGUUGCCAGUAAUCUCUUAAUUGAAAGUUCCCAAUCAUUUUAAUCACCAAAUCGCCUGGCCUUUUUUUCAGUCCUCAUCCUUUUCCUAUCAUCUGAACUCACUGUCUUCCCCCAAAAAGCUUCUCCUUUUCCUAACUUCCCUAUCACUGUUGGGGUAACGCCACUGUGCCAGCCAUUCAGGCUCACAAUCUAGAUGCCAUUCUCAUCUCUUCACUCUCCCCUCAUAAUCAGUUACCAAGUUCUGUUCUUUCUGCCUUGCUACCAUCUCUCCCAUAUGCCCCCUUCUCUCCUCUGACCCCUCAUGGCCUCCCAUCUGGACAAUAGCAAUAGCUGCUGGGGGGCUGCCUGCCCCACCCAAGAGUCUCCCACAUCCAAUCCAUCUUCCUCUUAGCUGUCAAAGUGAUUUUCCAAAAGCACCAGUCACCUCCCCCUUCACUAAACUCCAGUGAAUUCCUCUCACUUCCAGAAUCACAAAUGAAUCCAUUUGGGAUUCAAAGCCUUUCAUCACCUUCCCCUUCCUCUCCAUCAUUCUAGUCUUCUUAUACCUUAUACUCCCUCCUCCAAGACUUGCUGUUGCUCCCACAAGGCGGCCAUCUCCAGAGUCCAGGCAUUUCCAGUGACCAGAAUGCUCUCCUUCAUCAUCUCCACCUCUUGGCUUCCUUGGUUUUCUUCAAGUUCCAAUGAACCUUCUCCCUUUAAUGCCAGUGCCUUCCCUCCCUCACGCAUCUCCAAUUUAUCCUGUCUAGAGCUUGUCUGCGCGUUUUCUCCCCCACUGGACAGACUGAGCUCCUGGAUAGCAAGCACCGCUCUGAAGCUCAGCACCGUGCCAGGCACAUAGGAAGGAGGCUCCUGGUAAACCUUAGGGUCUCUCUCUUGAUCCCCUCUGGCUAAAACAGUGCCUGGCGCUUGGAAAUGUUUAUCGAUGGCCAGUGUUUAGUAACUGGAGGAGGUCUGGGUCUGGAAUCGUCGAGCUUGGGCAUGUCAUGAAUGAGGACCCCGUCCCACGGAGGCGAGGAGCUCCCGUAAUCUAUAACCACGACCUAUAAACAGGCUUGCUUUGUGUCUACCCCAGCAGCUGGCAGAAUGCCCCGAGCACGCCAGGCUCUUGGCCAAUGUUUAUUGAUUAAUCAGGAAGUUGCCGGACAGGGUACCAAAGUUGGUAUCCCUCUAGAGCAGAGAGUCAGGCUCGAUCGACGCCUCGUCGGUGAUUGCAGAACGUAAUCGAGCCUCCUGCUUGGAGGUUUUCCCGACGUCUGUGCUCAGGCCAGAGAACCCGCUGGCAGGGGGUGCUUAUUUACAGCAGGGUUGUGGGAUUGGGUGGGAAUUCCCAUCUCUGGGCCACCUUCUUCAGAGGUCUGAGAAGCCGCCGUUCUCACCCCACGGAGGGGGCGCCCAUGUGUGUCCCUCUGUUCUGUUUUCCU